GCCAUGGUGGCGCCGUUGACUCUGCCACCAGGGUCGACGCUGGAGACCAUCCGUCGCUUCAUCGACGAUGUUGGGGGUCGAAGCAAGCUGCGUGGGCUGUCUAACGAGGAUGUGUGGACUCAGUAUGUUGCACGAAAGCUGCCACACGAUGGACCAACCGCCAGCAACGGCAUGGAUCGAAUCGCGAUGACGCUCCAACAUGGCGUUGCCGACUGGUACGUGUGCCACGACUGGAACGCUCCCUUCCUCGACAUCGUCGAUUCCCUGGAGCGUUGGACUGCAUCCUCAAGCAAACCUCCAUCGUUUUGGCUGCCAACGUUCCAUCAACCCAUCCAUCUCCAUUCGCCAUUCACUGCGUCCAGGCUAGACGACGCAAUCCAACUUGACUUAUUCAACAUCAUCGCUGCCGUGCGAACAUGCUUGUGCUUUGGCCUUGCGACAAUGUGGCACAGCUUCUCGCUUGCCCAUGGACCUCCUUCUCGUUGGAGAUUGCUGCAACCCACACCGACACCAUCCACCUCGAGAUUACAAGCGUCGUCGAGCCAAACGAGGCUUUGCAGGAGCCCGUAGCGACUCUAUUGAACGGUUAUAUGGCAUCCUCCGUUGCUAUUGCUGCCUGGAACCCUACUCAUGACACCGCCACCGUCCGUUCCUUCGUACUGCAUCACCUCCACAAUGCCAUCGAUCGCGAAAUCAGUUGCAUGGCAACAUCAUGGGACCAAGCCACGGCGGCGUACUCGUUUGGGCUAGUCCUCCACGAAACCAACGAAUUGCACGCCGCCAAGACACACUACGACCACGCCGUUAUGGUGUUUCCAUACACAAGUCGCGAGUACUUCUGCACGUCCAGGCAGUUAGCUCUCGUCAACGACAAGAUAGCACAACCAUCAUCGUCCGACGAGUCGACGCUGACAUGUCUGCAAGGAAUUCUAGAAGCCCAGCGCGAGCGCUUCGGCGACAAUGACUCUGACACCGUCGACACCAUGGUGGCGCUGGGCUACACGUACGCCACCCAUGGCCAGCCCACGCUGGCAUGGCACGUUUUCGAAAAAGCACUGCAUGCUCGCGCCGAGACGGUCGGGGUCGACCACACAUCGACUUUACACGUGAUGGAACUGCUCGCGGGCCAGCUGCUUGCCCUACACCAAUACGCCCCUGCCGCGGCCAUGUAUGCCAGGUGUCUCGAACACUAUGACAAGUCGCCGACCCCCACCAACACUGGAGCUAGAGUCACGUGCGCUAGCAAUCUGGCUGCGGUGCGCAUGUGUCUGGGCCAGUACUCGCAGGCGAGAACGCUGUGGACCGAAUGCUUGGAACAAGACAUCAUCGCCCAUGGCCUCGACAGCGACGACACGCUCGUGAGUAUGGCCAACGUUGCCGAAGCCCAUCGAUGCCUCGGUGAAUACAUGCAUGCCGAAUGGCUCGUGCUGUCGAUGUGGGAUCGCGCCAAGCAAAUCCUUGGCGACUCGAGCGAACUGGCCCUACUUGGACUGUCUGUGCUGGGGAUGGUGUAUGGCAACCAAGGGUCGAAAGAAGCGUCCCAGUGCCUCGAGCACGUUUUUCUCGAGCGAAAGCGUCGGUUCGUUCGCGAUGGAACUGGCUGGAACGCAGCGUGCAAGUCGCUGUAUCAGUGGUAUCACUACUGCCGCAACCACCUCCGAAUUGAGUCGCUGAGCAACAUCGAAGCGUUUGAAUUGCACUUGGCCGACUUGGAUUGUGUCUCCGAAACAUGGCGCAACGAGCGGUGCCAUGCAUGCACCCAAGAAAUACACGGCGACCUCGCCACGUGCCCACAGUGCGUGGCGGCCACAUACCAGUACUGCCGCGACUGCGCCGCCAAAAAGGCCAAGCGCCGAUGCAACCACCGAGCCAACUUCAUGGUUCGGACACCCCCCAUGCGGGAAUUGCACGAGAAGCGCCUUCAACUCCUCGCCAUGACGGACCAGCACGAAGCGUACGACAACUGGUUCGAUCGUUACGAAGCAUAUUGCACCGACAACCACGUCCCCGACAGAGACAGACGCAUGCAGCCCCGAGACGAGCACCAGGUCGCGGCGAUGUGCUUUGCGUGCGUCCCAUGGAUAUGACAUCCUCACCGAGAUUCGAGUUUGUGGACAAGGACGGGCGGUAGUGAGCGGAAGCACGACGAUGCCAAGGAGACAUUGAACAAGACAGCGUCGUGGCAACGGCCAUGAGGUGCUUGGAACACGAAGAGGGUGGCAAUGACGCCACGGCGAGAUGGGACUACAUAGACACAACUGCACCCCAUGUAUUCAUGGCUUGGGCGGAAAGCUUCGCUUCAUCACGUCUUCAUGGCAGAAGCAAUAUCGUUCGUGACGACGAACCGACCUCCAGCGUGAU